AUGACCAUAAGCCGAGUUUUUCAUUAUCUAUCUAAAAUAUCUAUCUAUCUAUCUAUCUAUCUAUCUAUCUCAGACUAUUCGUAUCUAUCUAUCCAUCUAUCUAUCUAUCUAGGUUUAAAUAUCUAUUAUCAUUCUAUCUAUCUAUCUAUCUAUCUAUCUAAUCUUUUUUUCAUAUUCUAUCUAUCUAUCUAUCUCAGACUAUUCGUAAAAAAUCUAUUUAUCUAUCUAUCUAUCUAUCUAGGUUUUAAUAUAUUCUAUCUAUCUCAGUCUAUUCGUAUCUAUCUAUCUAUCUAUCUAUCUAUCUAUCUAUCUAGGUUUUUCAUAUCUAUCUAUCUAUCUAUCUAUCUAUCUAUCUAUCUUUCUAGGUUUUUCAUAUUUAUCUAUCUAUUUAUCUCAGACUAUUCGUAUCUAUCUAUCUAUCUAUCUUUCUAUCUAAAUAUUCUUACGCCCUCAAUCACCCCGGCCGAAUCCUCUCUCUAUCUAUCUCUCUUUUCUCUCUCUCUCUCUCUCUCUCUCUCUCUCUCUCUCGCACGCUCGCUCGCUCGCUCUCUAAGAUACACACUCUUUUAUUCACAAUUACAUUUUUGUCUUUUAACCUUCCCGUUUGACCCAGGCCCAGCCAUCCUCUUGGUCAUCGAUUACACAAAUGUAGACACUGCUUUAUCCCUAUACUAA